AUGAAUAUUGACUGGCUCCUCGAUCGCGGCCUCCUGCCGCACGCUGUGAUCCGGCUCGGCAUCCGGCGGCAGCUCGCGCAGCGGCUAUCGGAGAUAUCGUCGUGCUCGCUGGCCGCCGCGUACGAGCGCAAGACGAGGUACGUCGAGCAUCUGCGGGCGCGGCCCGUCACCGCCAACGCGCAGCACUACGAGGUCGGCACGGGCGUCCUCGUCGGCAUGCUGGGCCCCCGCAUGAAGUACUCCAGCAGUCUGUACCUCUCGGGCGGAGAGGAGACGCUCGCCCGGGCCGAGAUCGCUAUGCUCGAGCUGUAUGUCGCGAGGGCGGAGAUUCGGGACGGGAUGAGGAUUCUGGAUUUGGGAUGCGGUUGGGGCUCCGGCGCGCUGUAUUUCGCGCAGAUGUUCCCCAAGUCGGAAAUCACCGCGUUCUCGAACUCGCGCACGCAGAAGGAGUAUAUCGACGGCAAGGCCCGGGAGAAGGGCCUGAUGAAUCUGACGGUCAUUACGGGGGAUAUCGUGGACUACGAGUUUGAGAAGGAGAGUUUUGACCGGGUGGUUUCGAUAGAGCACGCGCUGAUAUCAAGAGCUUUCAAGUUUUUCGAACACAUGAAGAAUUACGAGCAGCUCAUGGCUAAGAUAUCGAGGGCUUUGAGACCCCGGGGCAAGCUGUUCGUUCACUUGUUCGCGCAUAAGGAUACCCCGUAUGAUUUCGAAGAGGGCUGGAUGACUACGCAUUUUUUCACUGGCGGAACUAUGCCGUCGGCGGAUCUACUGCUGUAUUUCCAGAAGGACCUUCACAUCGAGAAGCAAUGGUGGGUGAACGGGAACAACUACUCCAAGAUGUGUGAGGCAACUCGAGCAAAAAAGCAUUGGCUCUCCAACAUGAUAGCGAACAAGGAGCAGAUAUGGCCGCACCUGGAGGAGACGUACGGGGCGGACAACGCAAACACGUGGUACAACAGGUGGCAGAUCUUCUACAUGGCUUGCUCGGAAUUGUUCGCCUACGAGGCCGGGGAUACCUGGGGAGUAGCCCAUUAUCUGUUCCAGAAGCCGGAAUAA